AUGAACCACGCCUUGCGCAGGAACCCGCACGGCACCAACGGCAAGCUGCAACCCUGAUCUUGCUUGCGUUUGCCAAUUGCCAAUCGCCAAUCGCCAACUGCAGCUGCAGCAAUUGCGGAGCUCCGCAGCCAUUCGCGACCGACGACAGUCCGCCGAGCAUCGCCUUCCUUCCCACCGUCACAACGGCGCCAAACGUCGAAAUCGCAGCAUCAGGAAAUCGAACGGAAAAGCCUCACAAGCAAACACACCCUGGUCCAUGCAUCUCGUGUGUCCCAUGUCUCCCUCUGACCCAUGACGGAUCUGUUGCGCGUGCUCCCGCACUUCCCUGUCGGGCAGUUCGCGAGGCUGAUUCCCGCGUUGGAGAAGCAUGCCAUCUCCACGAGCGACCUCUUGACCCUCGAGGCAGCUGAUAUUGGGAAGAGGACCCAUCUCCCGUUACUAGAUGUCAAGCGUUUGUGCGAUGCACAACACCCGCCCACCAGCGAGUUGAGGAAGACGGUCGCCUCUCUCUCCGCACAAUGGCAGACUAUCAGCACCCUCGAUCCCGACUUGGACCGCGCCCUGGGCGGUGGCAUCCCGGCCGGUUACGUGACCGAGGUGACGGGCGAGUCCGGCGCCGGCAAAACCCAGUUUCUGCUCUCCCUCCUCCUCUCGGUCCAACUCCCGCCACCCCACGGCCUUGGCCGCCCGGCGCUCUACAUUAGCACCGAAGCCCCGCUAUCGACCCGGCGCCUUGCCCAGAUGCUCUCGGCUAACCCGCUCUUCCAACGCCUGCCCCCUUCGCAGCGGCCCUCCCUCGACAACAUCAUCAGCACCGUCACCCCAGACCUUGAAAGCCAAGACCACAUUCUGACCUUCCAAGUCCCCGUUGAAGUCGAACGGCGCGGCAUCGGCCUCGUCGUCCUCGAUUCUGUCGCCGCCAACUACCGCGCCGAGUUUGAGCGCUCUGCCUCCUCGUCAGGGGGCAAGCACGGCUCCAACAUGGGCGCCCGCAGCACCGAGCUCGUCAAGCUAGGCAUGCACCUGCGCGACCUCGCACAGCGGCACAACCUCGCCGUGGUCGUCUCCAACCAGGUGGCAGACCGGUUCGGCGGGGACGAACCACCCACCCACCCGGCCCUCCUCCUCGACCACCAGCAGCGCUGGUUCACCGGCUGGGGCGACGACCCCCGCGCCCAGCACGCGCUCAAGACACCCGCCCUCGGGCUCGUGUGGACGACCCAGGUGGCUGCGCGCAUCGCGCUGUCGCGGCGGCCGGCCGCAUACCGUGCUCGUUCGAGUUCUUUGCGAGCGGCUGGAGGGGGGUCCGGGUGGGAGCGGUGGAUGAAGGUUGUUUUUGCGGCGCAUGCGAAGGAGAGUGGGGUUGGGACGAGGGGGGGCGCGGUGGGGUUUGAGGUUUGGAUGGGAGGGUUGAGGGCUGUUGGGGAGGGGAGGGAGGAGAGGGAGGAUGAGGGGGGCACUGGGGAUGGGGAGGGCGAGGCUGAAGGGGAGUGA